UUCUUUUAAUAACACGUACUAAGCGUUUGGGCGCUGAGUGAAGACGGCAGUUGGUUACGUUUAGCAAGUGGAAUUUUCCCCCGUUCAUCCGUCAUGCGCUUCUUCAGCCGCGCAGCUGUGCAGGGCCUUCGUUGCCUUAUUUUGCACUUCACGAUGCGCUACACAUUCUGGAUAUCAUUGACGAUACCGCUCCAUCCGCUACUAUACGAUACGACUGAAUUUAGUAGCCGCUGAUCAAUAUGUCUCCAGCUUUGUUCGGAACCUGAAGCGUUCAUUCGUAGAGAAAGACCAUUAAAAAAAUUCUUACUUUGCUGGCCUAUUAUAUUAUUCACGCACGAGUUUAAACAUUCUUUUUACACACCAGUUGUCUGUCCUUUUUUAGAAAAAUAUUGAUUCAUUGAUUUAUAACCAAUUAUAAGAACAGAUUUGUAAUUGGUGCCUCAAUUCAUUUCAAUCUUUUGCUUUUUUAAUUGAUGCAUCGGUCCAAAUGGUCCGGUCGUGACCUUAGUAGAUGUCAGAUACUUUGAGUGCUUGGACUGUGUGUCUCUCUCUCUCUCUCUCUCUCUCGUCUCACUCCCUUAAUUACAAAUCCUAUUUAGUAAGGAUUACAGGGAUAAGAUGCCCAUUGACAGUCCCUCUGUUCCACAUAACAGCCGGAGAGAAAAGAAAGAGAGAGAGAGAGAGAGAGAGAGAGAGAAAUGUAACCGACAUGCUACAGGCAGUCCAGGAGAAAAUAACCCAUCAUUUACAGGUAAUCAUUAACCACUGCCUUUUAUUUUUUUUACUCACUGUGUAGAAGUUGUUUUUCUGUGCUGGGUUUCAUGACGUGGAGACACGACUGUUCCUUCCUUCUGUGAGCGGGGUGUUUAUUAAACGUAGGUUCGCGCAAUAACGAAGUUUAACCCAAAUGCACCGAUUUGUUUGUCGCCGUGCUCCGUCACCGGAGGCCAAUUGUCUAUCAUAGGGGUGAAUAAAAGGUCUUCCAAACGACAGGAAGAAUACUCUCGGUCUCAUAAAAGUGUCAGAGUGACACCCGAAGGCACCCGGACCCUCGUCCAUCACCGUGACUCGUUCUCCGGAUGGAGCGGUAAUAGUCCGGCAGGAGUUAUCAGUCAGGAUGGAUGUACGAGCUGCUCUCUAAUGUUGUAAGCUGAAGCACCAGCAUCACCCGGUGAACCCGCAGAGCUGGCCUCGGGUCACGCAGCGACAAGACCGACCCGAUUAUAGCACUUUAAUGCGUGUAUAUGAUGCCGGAUGAGUAAUCUAAUCAGAAAUACAAACAGCUCUCUCUUUCUCUCUCUCUCCCACUCUUUUUUUUUUACUUUAUGAAUCUGAAAACAUCUGCAAGCACACUUAGAUAUGCCUAUCAUGUAUAGAUAUCUUUUGAAUUCUUAAUUCACAAGAAGCUGAUUCAUUUUUAUAACAGCAGAUCGGCCAGUUAUUCCAGCUGCGAUUCAACUCGUACAGCAGGUUUCUAUCAGAAGCUCGUCCUGACACGUUGUUGUUUCUAUGGUAACGGCGCAUUCACAUAUGGAGGUCGCGCCACAUGAUCUAAGACUCGUAAUGAAACAAUAGUGGAAUAAAAAAAACCUGUAUAUAUUUAACAAAGACAAACGAAUAAUUGUUGAUAUGGUGUAGUUCUCUGUAAGGAUACGUGUUUUUUUUUUUUUAAACGUCUGCGGAAGGAGUCUCCAGUGUCACGGCUUCGUAACAGUCAUAACUGUGGGGUUUUGCGUCACGGUAAGUCUUUACGGUUUCUCGGUACUACGUUCAGAGAGAAUGACGAGAGGCUGGUGAGGGAAAGACUGUUUAUAUGACUGCUUUUAGUAAAGGAUCGCGUGUAUUGAACUGAAUGUAACAAUUAACGGGUAAAAAGUACGACGUCAGUAAAUUAUAAAUUGGAAUUGUUGACGAAUCGCUGCAGCCGAGUAUAAAAGGAAAUAAACACUUCACCGUGUGCGGAAAAUAAUCGACUUCAGGGCGCUAAGAGCAACACCCCCGUUGUUGAUUAUUUUUCUAUAACGGCAUGCCCCCCAGCAUGUGUUUUAAUCCUGUGUACUGUAUACUGCGUGUGUGUGUUAUCGGUUCAUCGGUAUUUUUUCCCGGUGUAUAGAUAACAAAUCUAAUGGGAAGAAGGGCGGUAUUAUUCAGAUUGUUCAGAAGACAUCUUCACUUUCACUUGACUGAGACUGAAGGUUAAAGUGGACAUCAUGCUGCCCUGAGCCGCACGGAUCCUUCCUGAACGCCGGCGCGGGAGUCGCCCGAGUCACGCAGAUGGAGGCUGGGACGCUUUUGACCCUCCUGAUGGUUCUGUUUGGGGCCAGGGCGAGCAACGACGACCGCUCGGAGCACACGCACCGGGUCAGCACGUCUCAGUGCGGCGAGUACAGUAACCAGGUGAUGAAGGACGGCACGUGCAAACUGGUGGCCACGCUGCCCCAGCUGGAUGACCAGCGCUGCCCGGACAUGUUCCGCUGCACGGACGAGGUCUCCUACUGGCUCCACGAGAACGACGAGCGCAAGCAGCAGAUCCUGGCGCUGCGCGAGACCAUCUCCGAGCUGCAGGAGGAGCUGCGCAACCAUCGACACCGAGUUAAAGUCCUCGAGCUGCAGAGCGAAGAAAAGUUUCAUCUGAACUCGUCUCAGGAGCAUCGCUUCCGUGAGCUGGAGGGUCAGUACGCCGAGGCCACCACGCUGCUGCACGUCCAGGGCUCGCUCAUCUCCGACCUGCAGGCGCAGAUCCACAACCUCUCCAUGCUGGUGGAGAAAGUUCGCCGAAACCCCGGGUGCAUGAUCAACAUCGUCCGUACCAGCCCGCUGCUGAGCACCCAGCACACCCUGCACCCCGAGAUGCAGCACGUCAGAAACUGUCCCAUCGACUGUGCCUCCAUCUACUACAACGGCGUGCGGCGGUCCGGCAUCUACACCGUGGUGCCGUCGUUAGGAGCCAUGCCCGUGGAGGUCUACUGCGACAUGGACACGGACGGCGGUGGCUGGACCGUGAUUCAGCGUCGGCAGGACGGCUCGGUGAAAUUCGACCGCGGCUGGAAGGAGUACAAGGACGGUUUCGGAGACCUGCACACCGAGUACUGGCUCGGGAAUCAGCACAUCCAUGACCUGACCACGCAGGGAGACUACGCUCUGCGCAUAGACAUGGAGGACUGGAGCGGCAAACGCAAACACGCUCUUUACCAGAGCUUCCGGAUUGAGGACGAGGCGGCCCAGUACAGGCUUCACGUCUCUGGCUUCAGUGGCACAGUUGAGGACUCGUUCAGCUGGUAUCACGACAAGCAGGACUUCAGCACACCCGACACGGGGAACAUCUGUGCCGAGAUCUCACACGCAGGCUGGUGGUACAACCAGUGUUUCUACGCCAACCUGAACGGCGUCUACCACAAGGGUGGGCGUUACUCGCCUAAGGGGAAAAAUACACUGGGACCCAACGGAAUCGUCUGGUUCACCUGGAAGGACUCGGACUAUUACUCCCUGCGCAAGGUGACCAUGAUGAUCCGGCCACGCACCUUCCGGCCACACCUAUCCCCCUGACGGGCCCCGCUGCAGCCGGCCAAUCAGAGCGGACGCCGACGGACUGAAUGGUGAUGUCAGAACCUGCGCAGUAGACUUAAAUAAAUAAAUAAAUAAAUAAACAUUUCUAAAGGAGAGGACGCUGUGGUACUUCUCAUCACGCAUCAUACACCACAGGUAACGUUUUUUUUUUUUACCCGUUUUAAGCCUGAAAGAAAGACGUCCAAGUAACCCUCAUCCCUUCAGCCUUCGAUGGCAACGAUGUCUUGUUCUCGAUUUCGUAAAGGAUCACCUUCCUAGCCUGAAAUGUUUGUUUGAUGACUUUUCAACGUAUAGAAAUGAUGAUGAUUUAAAUCGGAUGUAGCCUGCCUAAAAAGGACGCCCGCGCCCGUGACUCCCGACCGGCCGUGGCGCACGAAUCACCGUUCACGAUGAAAAACAACACGCCGCUUCAUCCGUCCUCAUUAAUACUCGACGCACGCUCCACCUAGAGAGCGGUCCUGCUCACAAAACAACUCCACAUUAAGAGAAUACAAAUCAAAGUUUAUUAAAUCGUAAUCAGAAUUACUUUUGUGG